GACGCCUCAAUAUCCCGCUUCUUUUUGAGCCAAUAUAAAAGCAUCCAAAAUCCUCUCGGGUUCAGCAGUUAGAUUAACGGAAAAUAAUUUAUAUGCUCAACAGCUUUCUACCGGACUUCUUUAUGCAAGUUUUACCCUUUCAUCUAGUCUCUAUUUGAUCUACCUCGAUGCGUCAGGCCUACGAACUCUCCAACUUUCGAUAGUGGGCGAUUCUUACUAUGUCUUCGACUACUGAGCUAUAUGUUGCCAUUUUCGACGAUGGUGGUGUAUAUAAGCACUGGGGUCUCUUCAUCGACGGGCCAACGGAUGCGGAAAAGAUCCUCCUCCAGAUCCUGGGUUCCUACCAGAUAUCGUUUCGAGAUGGAAAUCUCGAACGCUCAUAAAUCGGCGACUCUCUUGGAGACCAUCCACCUGUGUGACGUGGACAAUUCCAAAAUUAGCGCGAUUAAGGACGCUGCGGAAAAUGCGGUUAUCCACAACGAAUAUCCGGGUUAUAACUGUCAGGACUAUGUCCUUGAGCUUCUGGAUGUCUUGGAGGAGAAGAAUAUUAUCGACAAGAACGAGACCAAUUACAAGCAUAACAAGCGGGUCGUUCAAGGCAAGCAGGAGGGAUUGAUGUAGAUGAAAAAGUCAAACUGAAUAUCAUUGAAGCGUUGACCACCGAUUUGUUAACUACCAUACUCAUACUAGUUUAUUUGCUUGAUUUCCUUUCUCUGAAUGGUGGAGAUUAUGGCCUGUCUGUUACAUCUAUUCAUUUCUAAGCCUGUAUCCUGGACAUUCGCGAUAUUUUUAGGCGCAGUACAGUGAUAAGCUGUACUACAGGCAUCUUACAAGAAGAAUUGGAUAUCUGCUUUCCUAGCAUUAAAUGGGUAGUU